AUGUCUAAUACUCUUCAGGGCAACCUGACUUACGACAUUUUGACCAAAGCCGAGCACGAAGGAUAUGGAGUCCUUGCACAAACAUGCUACGACGCAAAUUCAGUGAUCGCUCUUGUUCGUGCGGCCGAGCGAAAUCGUAGCCCUGCGAUCCUCCAACUCUUCCCUGUGACCCUUGCUUACGGGAAGGGUCCGUUCCUUCAAUUUUGCCUGAAUGCCGCUCAUCAGGCGUCCGUGCCGAUCGCUGUCCAUCUUGACCAUGCCACUGACCCGGAACACAUCGAACUCGCACUAAGCCUUGCAGAGCAAGGAAUCGCCUUCGACAGCAUCAUGGUAGAUGCUAGCCAUGCCGAUACAGACGAAGAGAACAUAGCCCUUGCUCUCCCGCACGUCGAGCGCGCAGCCCGAUGUGGUGUUCUCGUCGAGGUAGAGCUUGGCCGCCUCGAGGGGGGCGAAGCAGGCUUGCGCGCUAUCUCAGACGCGAAGCUCACAAACCCGGACAAGGCCGAAACCUUCAUGAAAGAAACGGGUGCCUUGAUUCUCAGCCCAAGCAUCGGCAACCUCCAUGGGUCGUAUCUGAGUCCUCCAAAUUUCCGUCAAGACAUCCUCAAAGACCUGAGUGCGCGAUUCGAGGGUGGCAUUCCUCUUUGUCUCCACGGCACGGACGGUCUCUCAGACGACCUCUUCAAGGAGUGCAUCCGAAAUGGCAUAAGCAAGAUCAACGUGAACAGUUGGGCUCGAGAUCCCUACGCCACGGCUCUGAGCGUCGCGCUGCAGACGAAGCCCUUUCCAGAUGCAGUGGAAGAAGCGACUGAGGUAUUCGCAAGGGUGUGUGAUCGCUUCAUCGAGUUGUUCGGAUCGAAAGGCAAGGCAUGA